AUGUCGAAAAGGUUUAAUUGGCUUUCUGCUUGGCCACGAAAUCAACUCGAAGAAAUGGACAUGUCCAAUUAUUUGUUAAACAUGUUCCGUAGUCUUAAUGGAAGUUACAGAGAUGAUGAUGCUCAAUCGGUUGUUUAUCAAAGGAGCGACAAUCAGCCAUUAAUUGUUCCUCCGAAUGUGAUGAUCAAGACUCCUUGGUUUGAGUAUAAGGUUCAUGAUUUUAUUAGUGAUGUGGCCAUUGUGGAUGGAAAAUAUGUUGUUGAUAUGACGAAGGUGGCAGAUAUUAGUCAGCAAAUAGAGUUGACUGAAGGAACAUAUUUGGUUAGAUCUGAUUUUGAUGUAGUUUUGGAAUAUUUAUAUGGAGAUAAUUUGAAUAUUAAUGGGCUAGCUGAUGAUCUUGGAAAAUUGAAAAAGAUUGUCAAGUUGGCAAAGUACCUUGAUUUACCAGCAUUGAUGCAAGAGAUGGUCAAUUCUUCCAGUACUAAAAUACAAUGGCUCAUCAAGGAAUGGCUUAGAAUAAUGACAGAGAAGCAAAUUGCAGAGUUUGUGUUUGAAAGUUCUCAACCCCAUGCAAAAAAUACAAAUUCAGACGAGGAGAUUAAUUACAUUUGCCAGCAAGAAAUUGUUCCAUUCCAUACUAGGGCCAGAUUAAUAUGUCAAAGGAUUCACGAAAAAACAAAGAAUGUUACCCCAAUGACUAUGGAAAUGCUUUCACCAUUUAAACAAUCAAUAUCAUCCUUAAUCAAAUUGUCAGGAGUAGAAUCUGCCAUUUACCUAGAUGAGGAUUUUUCUAAAAUUACAGGAAUACAAAACAGAUCGAGGAGAUACGAUCAUUGUUUUUUCUGUGAUGGCUAUUCAUCUGCCGAGUAUAGGAAAGUAAAAGCUGGAGAAGAUGAGGAUGAAGAAAUUGAAACAACUGAAUUAUUUGAUGGCCGUGUUGAAAUAAGGUUGCAGUUUGAUUCAUGCCAUCGCAAGUUCAAUUUAGAAUUAAGGACAUUCUUUGAGGACUCGAUUAUUGUCAAUGAUGAGCCAGAAGAUCAUGUAGAUGAAACUGAGGAUGACAAUGAGGAAGAUGAUGAUGUUAUGGAUUAUGAUGAGGAUGAGGAUGAUGAAGAAUCUGAUGAUGAGGAUGAUGAACCAACAAAACUUAAAAUCAAACUCUUCUAUUGA